AUGUCGUACAGCGAGGGCUCGAUUAGGAAAAUGCUGCCGAAGAAUUAUUUUCGCAAGCAUGUGGCUCAUGACAUAUUUGUUGCAACGACCAACUUCAAAUGGCUGGUGCCCAAGAUGGAUGAAUUUGUUUAUAAUGAUGGAUCCAUCAAGGACUUGAUGAGUCUGACUGGAACCCUCCCUGUCAACUUUAAUGAUGCGACCUACAACAUCCCCGUGUGCCUGUGGCUCGAGGACAGCUACCCUCAGACUCCUCCUCUCUGCUACAUCAGGCCCACACAAGACAUGAUGGUCGUCAGAGGAAACUACACCUCCAGCAACGGAGAAGUGGAGCUGCCAUACCUGGAGGAUUGGAAGAAUGGUGAGUGUGACCUGGUGAGCCUCCUGCAGGUGAUGCAGGUCGCGUUCGGAGACUGCCCUCCCGUGUGCAUGCAGCCUCCCGCCGAGCCUGGACACUCCUCGUGCCGGCUACAGUGUCAAAGACAAGCAGAGGUGCUCUCAAGGGAAGAUGGGAGCUCGUAUCUGUCUCUACCCAGAGACGACGUGUCAGAUGCUGGACCCUCGUCACACGCGGGACCGGAAGCAGUCAGCCCCAUCGUCGCACCCGUACCGGAAGCAGUCAGGUGCUCCACCGGAAGUCCCUUCUGUUGA